AUGUCAGAUGAACCAGUCACAGUUAACGAAAAAGUUGAGAAUGAUUUGAAAGCUGGUCAUGCUCCGGCAUUAAAAGUUGGAGGUAUGCGCGUAGCUCAACCACGUCGAACAUCACAAAAUGAAGAUAAAGAUAAAAAAGCGAAAAGUGGAGCUAAUGAAGGUACUGGUAGUGCUGGUGAUAGUGAAGGUGGAGAAAAUGCACAAGAAGCUGGUGAAACAGCGGCUGAAGGUGAAGAACAGCAAGCAACAGGAACUGCUGUUUCACAACGUGUAGCAGGUCAAAUGGUUAGCGGCACGUUUGUUCCAAUUCAAGAAGCAUUUCCAACCGAAGCAAUGAAACAUAUGCAAGAGAAACCAAUACCAAAACAUGACUAUCAUUCUGGUUCAAAAUUUAAUCAAACACAUAUUGUUAUGCAACAACCAAGAAACCAGUAA